CGCGCUCCGCGCCCCCUUCUCUUUCAGCCUCGGGCGCGGGGGAGGUUCGGCGGACCUGCAGAUUGGGAACCGAUAUGACUGCGACUCUGGGCAGCGGGGAGCGCUGGACGGAAGCUUACAUUGAUGCAGUUAGAAGAAACAAAUACCCAGAAGACACACCUCCUGAGAGUCAUGACCCCUGUGGCUGCUGUAACUGCAUGAAGGCACAAAAGGAAAAGAAGUCUGAGAAUGAGUGGACUCAGACCCGGCAGGGUGAGGGGACCUCCAUGUAUAGUGAGGAACAGCUGCUUGGGGUACAAAGGAUCAAGAAAUGCAGAAAUUACUAUGAAAUUCUGGGAGUUUCUCGAGAUGCCAGUGAUGAAGAGCUUAAGAAAGCUUACAGAAAACUCGCCCUGAAAUUUCACCCUGACAAGAACUGUGCUCCUGGAGCAACAGAUGCUUUCAAAGCAAUAGGAAAUGCAUUUGCAGUCCUGAGCAAUCCUGAUAAGAGACUUCGCUAUGAUGAAUACGGAGAUGAGCAGGUGACUUUCACUGCCCCUCGAGCCAGACCUUAUAAUUAUUACAGGGAUUUUGAAGCUGACAUCACUCCAGAAGAACUAUUCAACGUCUUCUUUGGAGGACAUUUUCCUACAGGAAAUAUUCAUAUGUUUUCAAAUGUGACAGAUGAUGCUCACUAUUACCGCCGACGGCACCGACAUGAGAGGACACAGACUAAGAAGGAGGAGGAAGAAGAGAAACCUCAGACUACGUAUUCUGCAUUUAUUCAGCUACUUCCAGUUCUUGUGAUUGUGAUUAUAUCUGUCAUUACUCAGCUGCUGGCUACUAAUCCCCCAUAUAGUCUGUUCUAUAAAUCGACCUUGGGCUACACCAUUUCUAGAGAAACUCAGAACCUGCAGGUGCCUUACUUUGUGGAUAAAAACUUUGACAAGGCGUACAGAGGAGCUUCUCUGCGUGACCUGGAGAAGACAAUAGAGAAGGAUUACAUUGAUUAUAUCCAGACUAGUUGUUGGAAGGAGAAACAACAAAAGUCAGAGCUGACAAAUUUGGCAGGAUUAUACAGAGAUGAACGAUUGAAACAGAAAGCAGAGUCGCUGAAACUUGAAAACUGUGAGAAACUUUCCAAACUCAUUGGCCUACGCAGAGGUGGCUGAGAGGAUAAUGGUCCUAUGCAGGGCUCGGGUUUUGCUACUUGUUCCUAUUUAUGUUCCUGAUUCCAUUUUAUAAUACAAAAUUAGGUAAUGGUGAACACGUU